UCAGAAAGCCGAAAAAAGCCCUCUAGCGGCGAGACGUAAAACUAAAAAAACAUGAAAUAUAAUAAUAUUCGUAGCUUAAUAAUAGCUCUUUUCAACUAGCCCAAGUUUGAUAAAAUCGGCUAAGGCGUUUUUAGUAUACAGGGUGUGUUUUAAGCCAACUUUUGAACACCCCCCACCACUUUAUUUUUAGAGAUACAGCAAAACUAUUCAAAUAAAAAAGGUUCGGAUUAGUCUCUACUUUAAUAAUCAGCUAUUUUUUUGUUAGGUUAAUUCAGCAAAAUUUACAGAAACAUUAGUUUUCUAGAUUCAAGAUUGCAGUUGCGCCCCCCUAGCGGCCAUUUUAGAGACUUGAAAAUAUUUUCCAGGGACCUGUUUCAUAAACCAUACUGAUAAUAUUAGCUAUUAAUAUUAGUCUCAUAAAUUAAUAAUAUUAGUAUGCUUUUUUCUGUUUCAUAAAAAUAUAUAUUAGACUAAUAAAAGUGAAGACUAAUAAUAUUAUUUUACUAGUCAGCUGUUUACAAGUUAGUGAGGUUAUGUCAUAAUUUGCGGUGCGGUUCCAUUAAGUGGCGUUAAAUUUGCAUAAUGUCUAAAAUAAGAAGUAAAAGAUCGGAAAAGCAAGUUAAGCAACAAAACUUUCUCCGAAAAAUUAAAGACAUGAAAGAUAGUCUAUUUGGACAGUUUUCUACCACACUGACCAAGGAAACAAAAAGAUCCGCAUGGAUGGAAGUUAGGGACUAUGCGGUUUCUAUUGGAUUGAUUACAUGCGAGAAAGACUACACCUACGUGCGUGAUGCUACUUGGCCUAAUAUUCGGAACCGAACAAUGAUCAAACUUGAUAACGCAAAAAAAACUGGAUCAGAUGGCGGCCCCGAUUCGAAACUUGAUGACACCGACAAGCUAGUAAUUGAAAUAAUUGGAAAAAACUCUCCAGUUAUAGAAGGAAUCGGGGUCGCGGAUUCAAUGGAGGAAGAGGUUGUAACCCAAACUCUACCGACUAAUACUGAGACAUUACCUGAUGUAACAGAAAUAAAAGAGAAUGUGGGAAAUACAUUUGAAGAUGUCGUAAGCCCACCGCUGAAGUCCCAAAAGUUAACAAGAGGUUAUUAUCGAUAGUUCCUAAAUUAAUUUUCAAUUCCAGCUGGCUUUGGAUAGAAGGCUACAGCUGGACAAAAAUACAUUUCCAUUAGAUAAAUACCUCGAUAAAGACUGUCCUCAUAAAAAGAUUAUUACUUAUAUUUUUUAUUUUUCCACCAAAAAACUCGUUUAUUUUUGUGCAUAGAAAGUAACCUUUCCAAGUAAGUUUUCCAAGCGUGUAUUUAUCAUUCCCUACACUGUCCUUUUUCCAUCAUUUGAUUUGACCUUUUUACUAAAAUUAAUUGUUUUCGGUUGCAGGAUGUCUUAAGAGAAAAAUCAUUGUCCAAAAUUCCAAUGAAACAAAAUACCUCGAGGACCUCAAGAGAAAAAAACUUGAACUAGAAGUCCGAAAAUUGGAGUUGGAAGUGUGGGAUAAAGAAAGGUCACUUAAUGUAAGUCACUGUAACCUUACAAGCCAUAUUGAAGAGCAAAAGGACACACAAAAUAUUACUGAAUAUAUUUUAAAUGAAGAAGGUGAUGUAAUCGGUAUUAAUGAAAAACUAUGACUGAUUUAAAAAAAAAUGUUAUCUAUCUAAAUA